CCCCAGCACGGGUGAUUUGUCGUCUCCUCUGCUCCCUUGCUCUCCCGGAUUUAGGCAGUCUUCCACCGUGCUGAUUCGCAGGUGAGCAGCGCUGUAGCGCCGCUGUCCGGCAAGCUCACCUUGCACAGCCCAGCGCCGGCGCAAAACUCUGGUACCCUGAAUGAUGAAGAACCCGAUGCUGGAAGCAGUGUCUCUCCUCUUGGAGAAGUUGCUCCUCAUCUCCAACUUCAAGCUCUUGGGCGUGUGCGCUCCUGGAGGAGGGACAGGGAGGAACCGUCCUUAUGAAAUCAGCUCUUUUCUCCGGGGCGAUGUGCUGGAGGUGUCACGGACUCAUUUUACCCACUACGGGAUCUAUCUGGGGAACAACCGUGUAGCCCAUCUAAUGCCUGACAUCCUGUUGGCGCUGACCAAUGACAAGGGACGUACUCAGAAAGUGGUCUCCAAUAAGCGUCUCAUCCCCGGAGUCAUUUGCAAGGUGGCCAGCAUCCGUGUGGACACAGUAGAGGACUUUGCCUACGGAGCAGACAUCCUCGUCAAUCACCUAGACGAGACUCUCAAGAAGAAAUCAUUGCACAACGAGGAGGUGGCAUGCAGGGCUGAGCAGCAAUUGGGGCUGACCCCCUACAGCCUACUGUGGAACAACUGCGAACACUUUGUGACUUACUGCAGAUAUGGCGCUCGGAUCAGUCCGCAGGCUGAGAAGUUUUCUGAGACUGUGAAGACCAUCAUUCGUGAUCAGAGAAGCUGUCUUGCUUCAGCUGUCUUGGGAUUGCUGUCCAUUGCCUACACGGGCCUGGCAUCAUACACGGCCCUUCCUGCACUCUGUAUUCCGUUCUGCUUGUGGAUGAUGUCUGGCUAGCUUCCAGUCGUCACGAGAAUGUGUAUGUAUUUUGUGUGGGACUAUGUUUAUAUUUAUAGAACACAAAACAUUAUAAGCUUGUUGAGAAAAUGUGGCUUUCAAUACUGUGUUCUAGAUUUUAAACAAGUGAUUAGAACCCUACAAAGUGCUUACCAUGUAAGCCACGACAGAGCCCUUCUGUGUCCCCUGGGGCAGGUCUGCUGUGGAGCAGGACAGCCUGUCUGGACUCAGCGGCCCCAGAAAAGCAGACCCUGAGGUGACAGCCACAGGAGAUUGCUUGGGCCACUCUUUUC